ACAAAAGAAAUAAUUAUAUUAACUCUACAAAUUACAUCACAUAUUCACAUGAGAUGAGAAUAACAGAGAAUUCUCUUUCUAUACCCAAAUUCAUGGAGUUAAGCUCUGUUUCUGCCAUUAAAGACACAUGGAAGGUAUUUAUAUUAGGAACCAUAAUUAGCUGCUUUAUGCUCAUUCUUCUCCUCACUGAAAACACCCAUAACCAUAAACCAUCUCUUUUAGCUCAGUUUCCUCCAUUAUCCGAGCCUUCUAUUUCCCCCAUUAUUAGUCCAUCUCCUACUACUAUUACCUCCAUUGUUGAACCUCCAUUUUCUUCUCCAAAUGUAAAUACUAGUCUACUUUUUCCUGAUGUUGAAAACCCAAAAGUUGUAAAUGAUGUUAAGAGAGUAAUGGAGCCGAGAAAGAAGUGUAAUAUGUUUGAUGGAAGAUGGGUUUACAAGGCGGAUGCCAUUGCUAGCUAUUGUCCUUUAAGAUGUCCUUUUAUUGAGGAUAAAAUGAGUUGUUUGAAGAAUGGUAGACCGGAUUUUGAGUAUGAAAAAUGGGUUUGGGAAGCUACUGAUUGUGAUAUACCUUUGAUGAAUGGGACUGAUUUGGUGGAAAAAUUUAGAAAUAAGAGGGUUGUUUUAGUGGGAGAUUCACUAAAUAGAAAUAUGUGGGAAUCUCUUGCGUGUACUCUCUAUUCCUCUAUUCCGUAUCCUUCCAUUAAAGCUGAAGUUCGUUUUGAAAGUGCUCAUAUUAAAACUUUUCUAAGGGCUAAGGAUGAAUAUAACUUCACAGUAGAAUUUUAUUGGAGUCCUUAUUUGGUAGAACACAACACAAAUCAUGAAAGUGGCAAAAAGGUUCUUGUUUUAGACAAGCUCUCACCAAACUCUGAGUCUUGGAUUGCAGCUGAUAUACUCAUUUUUAACUCAGGCAUGUGGUGGAGUCAAACAGGCACUAGAAAAAGUUGGGAAUUGUUCGAAUACAAUGGAAAGCUGACAAAAGACAUCCCCCUACAGCAAGCCUACCAUAUAGCAAUGAGAACAUGGGCUAAAUGGGUUCAACAAAAUGUGGACCCUACCAAAACUAAAGUAUUUUUCAGAAGUAUUUCUACCGAACACAAAGCUCCACAAUAUCACCAAUGGUGUUACGAUAGAAGCCAACCUUUGGUAGAGACUUAUAGAUCACUCUACCCAAAGACGCUGAUUCUCGUCAUCGAGAGUGUGAUUAGAGGGAUGAGGAAAGUAAAGGUGACGUAUUUGAACGUCACCAAGCUUUCUCAGUCUAGAAUCGAUGCACAUCCUUCGCUUUUUCGGAUCAAAAAUUGGACCCAUCUUGCUACAACUUAUACGCAUAAUCUAUCGUCUUAUACUGAUUGUGGUCAUUGGUGUCUUCCUGGGGUGCCCGAUACUUGGAAUAGAUUAUUGUAUGCUUCUCUAGUGUUUGAUUCUCAUGUUUAAUGUAAAAAUAAUAACUUAUAAUUUGGUAGGUGAAUUAGUUCAAAAUUAGAGACGUGAAGAUUUAAGAUCAAUACAAAUUAGUUUUGGCUAAUUGUUUGAAGUACUUUUUCGUGCAAAUUAUAAAUAGUCACG